CUAUCUCCUUUCCACCCUUUUUUUUUUUUUACAAUUCAAUAUCCUCAUUCAACACGAUUCAAUUGCCUUGUUAGAUUCUAAAUCUAAAAUUUACACGAAAAAAUAGUACAAAAUCCUCUCUGAGAAUCCAGAAAACCCUUUAAUUCUUGAUUUUCAGGUAUUAGUUGACUGUGUUUGGACUUUUCACUUUUGUGAGGUUGAGGAGGAGGAGGAGGAGGAAUUAGUUGACUGUGUUUGGACUUCUCAUUUCUGUGAGGUUAAGGUUGAGGAGGAGGAGGUAUUAGUUGACUCUUUUUGGACUUUUCACUUCUGUGGGGUUGAGGACGAGGAGUUGACUGGUAGAGAGGUGUUUGGACUUUUGUGAGGUUGAGGUUCAGGAGGAGGAAAUGGCAUCUGUUUCUGGGUCGAAAGGUGAGAUCGAUGAAACCUCUCCUGACAUGUUGAAGAACACACCAUCAAAUAUUAGGAGGUUAGCAGAUGAGAUUGAACACUUAGAGGGGAGGCAAAAGUACCUUGCUCAGACUAGAAGUCCGUCAGAUGGUGGUGAUGUUCGUUGGUAUUUCUGCAAGAUGCCUUUGGCAGUAAACCAGCCUGCUGCAGCAGUCCCCAAAACAGAAGUAGUGGGAAAGGGUGAUUACUUUAGAUUUGGCUUGAGAGAUUCUCUUGCAAUUGAGGCUUCUUUCUUGCAGAGAGAGGAUGAGUUGCUUUCUUCUUGGUGGGAAGAGUAUGGGGAGUGCAGUGUGGGUCCAAAGGGGGCACCAAAUAGAUUCAAUUCUGCAUCAGAAAUAUCUUCUCCGGAGAGCUCUCAAGCACAUGAAGAUUUAGUUGAAGAAGAAAGAGUUGGAGUCCCUGUUAAGGGGGGCCUGUAUGAGGUAGAUUUGGUAAAGAGACACUGUUUUCCUGUUUACUGGAAUGGAGAAGAUCGUCGUGUCUUAAGAGGUCACUGGUUCGCUCGUAAAGGGGGUCUGGAUUGGCUUCCACUACGUGAAGAUGUUGCUGAGCAGUUGGAGUUUGCAUAUCGGAGUAAGGUUUGGCAUAGAAGAACCUUUCAGCCGUCAGGGCUCUAUGCAGCUCGAGUUGAUAUGCAGGGUUUCGCCCCGGGACUGCAUGCUAUUUUCACUGGAGAAGAUGAUACUUGGGAAGCCUGGCUUAAUGCUGAUGCCUCUGGUUUCUCAGGUGCUAUAGGAUUUGGGGGGAAUGGUGUUAAGCUAAGGCGUGGAUAUGCUCUUCCUCAGUCCCCGAAACCAACACAGGACGAAGUACGUCAACAGAAGGAGGAAGAAAUGGAUGAUUACUGCUCACAGGUUCCUGUUCGACAUCUGGUGUUCAUGGUUCACGGGAUUGGUCAAAGGUUGGAAAAAUCAAAUCUUGUGGAUGAUGUUAGUGACUUCCGCCAUAUUACGUCAAUCCUGGCUGAACGACACUUAACCUCAUACCAACGUGGCACUCAGAGAGUUCUGUUCAUCCCAUGCCAGUGGAGGAAGGGCUUAAAGCUUAGUGGUGAGGCUGCAGUUGAACGAUGUACUUUAGAUGGUGUACGGGGAUUGCGCGUACUGUUGAGUGCAACAGUGCAUGAUGUGCUGUAUUACAUGAGCCCCAUUUACUGCCAGGCUAUUAUUGACUCGGUCUCCAACCAGUUGAAUAUGUUAUACUUAAAGUUUCUCAAGAGGAAUCCCGGUUAUAGUGGAAAGGUUUCUUUGUAUGGUCAUUCCCUUGGGAGCGUUUUGUCAUAUGAUAUCCUAUGCCACCAAACAACACUGUCAUCCCCUUUUCCCAUGGAGUGGAUGUACAAAGAACAAAAUGAGAAUGAAUCGUCUCAGCAGGAUCAGAGCAACCUAUCUUUAGACCAAAACUCUGCCUUAAGCUCAGAUGAUGAAACUUCUAUUAGGAAGGGAAAUAAGAGUGAUCUGUCAGAUAAAGACAAAAUGAAUGUAGAACCAAGUUUGUCAGAGUCUGUGGAAGAUCGUACUGAAGAUUUUUGUCAUCCUGUGGGCCCUCCUGCUUCAUCAGACUCAGACGAACCAGUUGCAAGCGAUGAUAUCAGGGAACCUAAUGAUUCCUCAGCAAAUGAAAAUUUUCGUGAAACUCCUAUUGAUGAGAGGGACACUAUAAAUGAUGCCGAGAAUGUGGAGGAUGGAAUUUUUGAGUUUAAUCAAAAGAUUGAUGAGGGAGUAUCUGAAUGUGAAAAAGACAGAACAAUCAAUUCCCUGAGGAAAGAGAUUGAUAUGCUGAGAGCGAAAAUCCAAGAAUUAGACACCGAGUGUAUAAAGAAAGGAUGUGUAAUGGAAGCAGAAAAUGGAGGAACAAACGCAGCUACAAGAAAUCAAUCUAUUCCUGAGGAAAGUGAUUCAGCAAAGAGUUAUACCCCGCAAUUAAGAUACACAAAGUUGAAAUUCAAGGUGGAUACAUUUUUUGCUGUGGGAUCCCCUCUUGGUGUUUUUCUAUCCCUCCGAAAUGUUCGUAUUGGGAUCGGCAAGGGGAAAGACUACUGGGAAGAGGAUAACAUAGUUGAAGAGAUGCCAGCUUGUCGACAAAUGUUCAACAUAUUCCAUCCUUUUGAUCCAGUGGCAUACAGAAUAGAACCACUCGUCUGUAAAGAAUAUCUCAACAAACGCCCCGUCAUUAUACCCUACCACAGAGGUGGGAAACGGCUGCAUGUUGGUUUUCAGGAAUUUAAAGAAGAAGUAUCUUUGCGCUCACAUGCUUUUGUGAACAAUAUAAAUACUGUGAAGGUAAAGGUGAUCACUCUUUGUCAAUCAAGAGACAAGGAUGGCGAAGAUGAGGGUUCCCAAGAGUCUCAGGAGAUAGAAGAGAGGUCAUAUGGCUCAAUUAUGAUGGAGAGAUUAACUGGGAAUGAAGAUGGUCGAAUAGAUCAUGUUUUACAAGAUAAAACAUUUCGGCAUGCAUACAUUUCAACCCUUGGAGCACACACGAACUACUGGAGAGAUAACGAUACAGCUCUUUUUAUGCUGAAACACUUGUAUCGGGAUAUACCAGAGGAUUCCUACUCGUCUUGUGAACCUGUGGAAGGAAGUUCAAAGGAUGAUAGAGAUACAACGACCUGGUAUGAUCAACGAGAGGAGGUUGAUGAAGAAUUCCCAUUAACAUUUGCGGACAAAGUAACUGUGAAAAGUUUUUCUCACAAAGCCCGGAGAACUUUGAAGUGGUGAAUCAUGCUUUGAUCUCUUUUAAACUUGGAGAUGCAGAAAAACACCAAUUCUGGACUUAUGCUACUUCAACACUAAUCAGUGUAAAAGCACAAGUUCUUUGUAUACCAGUGCUCUAACAAGGAGAGUGUUGAAGGUAUAUCUGUCUUGUGCAAGCGCGGUCUGGAAAUACCUUGUACUGUUUCAGAAUAUGAUGUAAACGAAGGUAUUUCUCCGCAGCUGUGAUCUUUAACUGUCUUCUGUAAGACUGAUCUUCGUCUUAAAAGGAAGACGAGAAACAUAAGAUCGAUCCUCCGGUGUAUACAGUGAAAAAGGAUAUGCUCAUGUGACUUGAGCCAUGUAUGAAUGCUUGUUUUUUAUAUGUGAAUUUCUGGCACUAAACAUGUAAAUAUAUGUAGCUGUUAGAAAGUGACAAUAUGCAUGCUUAGUUUUAUGUGUUUUAUUGUCAUUUUCCUCUUUGGACA